ACGGCGCCGCAGCAGGAAGCGGAAGUGGUGUUGGUUGUUGAUGGCCGGUCGCGCUGUUGAUCAGCUGGAGACGUGCCCGGGGUCUUGAAGAUGUCGUCCAGCCUUGAGAAACACUUGUUCAACCUUAAGUUUGCUGCAAAGGAGCUUUCGAGAAGUGCCAAGAAAUGUGAUAAAGAAGAAAAAACCGAGAAAGCUAAAAUCAAAAAGGCAAUUCAGAAAGGUAAUAUGGAAAUAGCAAAAAUACAUGCGGAAAAUGCAAUCCGACAGAAGAACCAGUCCAUUAACUUUUUGCGUAUGAGUGCCAGAGUGGAUGCUGUUGCAGCACGUGUGCAGAGUGCAGUUACGAUGGGCAAGGUAACCAAAUCCAUGGCAGGCGUUGUCAAAUCCAUGGACAUCACCUUGAAAAGCAUGAACCUAGAAAAGAUUUCUGCUCUAAUGGAUAAAUUUGAGCAUCAAUUUGAGACGUUAGAUGUACAAACCCAGCAAAUGGAGGACACAAUGAGCAGCACAACGACACUAACCACACCACAGAAUGAAGUAGAUUCACUGCUACAUGAAAUGGCUGAUGAAGCUGGUCUUGAUUUGAACAUGCAGCUUCCUGAAGGUCAAAUGGGAUCGGUUGGUGCCAGUGUGGCAUCAGCAGAACAGGAUGACCUUUCCCAAAGGCUUUCGCGACUCCGAGAUCAGGUGUAAAGGUGAAGAAACCCAUUGUCUGCCUUACUCUAGGAAUAAUUUCCUUUUUUAUCAUCUAUUGUAAUGUUGAAAGUAUAUUUAGAUUUUCUUUAUAUAGUACAGUUGCUGGUACACUGUCACCAACAGUGAUAGUGUUCAGAGUAAACUAACAAGGUGGUUAAUACAUUAUUCCUCCAUAGUUUCCUCCACCAUCUAUUGUACAGCACAUUUCCCAAUGUAAACAGGGAAUCCAACCUUGCUCUUUUGGGGGAAAAAGAAUUCCGAUUUACUUUUCUAUCUGGAAGAACCUAUCCACAUUCUGUAAUUGAAGCAGUUUUUCUCUCUUAAAAUUUAUUAUAAUUUUGCUAUUUAAAAAUGUAUCUUCAGAAAACAUCAUGAGCAAAACAAGAAGUAUGUGUUGAAAGAUGAUUGAAAUAUUUUUUGUAGCAUGGUGUGUUUAAUCUUAAUUUCACCACACUGAAAAUGUCUUGCUUUUAACCCCUGGACAGCUGUUCCCAUAGUUGCUAGAAUGGACCUUUUGAAAUUGUAAAAUUCAAUCUAUUUAAGGAGUCUGAACUCAACUGUUCAUUUUUGUAAGAUGUAACCUGAAUUGGGGCGGGGGGAGGGUAUAAAUGAGCACUAUUGUAUUAAAGCUCCAGAUGAUCAAAUUCUAAUUGCAGAACUCGUGUGUCUGCUUGGGAUGUUCAAGUCUUUUCGUUUUUUUUUAAUGUUGGGUUUCUUCCGUUGUACUCUGACCCCACAAUUAAAGGUUCGUUGAGCCAAAA